AGGUGGGUUGUGGCCUUUGGAACUGAAUAGCUUGUACUACAUACCAAGAGCUUGAGGAUGAUGUGUGUACUAGCCUCGUUUCAGUACUUUCAAGGCGUGUGCGUGUGAGGAAUGUUUCUCAUUCCGGCUCCAGGGUGAGUUCCCGUCAGACGGUGCGGAUCACACCUGCCCUCUUACCGGGGGCGAGGGAAAAAGAAACACGAUUCUGUUUGGGGCAACAGACCUGUGCGCCGCGGAGGCGCAGAGCCGAGCGCGCAAUACAGGAAGAGCGUCUCUGAGAGGAGGGGAUCGUGGAGACGGGAGGGCGACCAGAUAGACAAACACACACACACACGCACACGCCACACUCGCUGACUGAGUGACGGGGGAAGAGAGAGAGGGGCGCUGCGCUCCGGAGGCUGCGAGCGACAGAGAGAGAGAGAGCGCAUCGGAGGGACCGGCGUGCGGUCAAGCUCGGCUUCUUCACCGGUCGGAGAAUGACGACCCGGACCAGACCCGGAUACUACCGGCAGGACGUGAACAAGACGGUGUGGGAAGUGCCCGAGCGGUACCGGGAGCUGAAGCCCGUGGGCACGGGGGCGUACGGCACUGUGUGCUCGGCCGGGGACCGGCGGACCGGGACGCGCGUGGCCAUCAAGAAGCUGUACCGGCCCUUCCAGUCCGAGCUCUUCGCCAAGCGGGCCUACAGGGAGCUGAAGCUGCUCAAGCACAUGAAGCACGACAACGUGAUUGGCCUGCUGGAUGUGUUCACUCCAGACAUCUCUCUGGACAGAUUCCAGGACUUCUACCUGGUGAUGCCCUUCAUGGGCACUGACCUAGGGAAGCUGAUGAAGAUGGACCGGCUGUCCGAGGAGCGCGUGCAGUUCCUGGUCUACCAGAUUCUGAAGGGGCUCAAGUACAUCCACUCGGCAGGAAUCAUCCACAGGGUGAGUGGGGCGGGGGGGGUAUCGCGGGGAGAUUUUGUUCAGCUGUCCAUCCUGGAUUUUGGGUUGGCUCGGCAGACGGACAGCGAGAUGACGGGCUACGUGGUGACCCGCUGGUACAGGGCGCCGGAGGUCAUUCUGAACUGGAUGCACUACACGCAGACAGUGGAUAUCUGGUCAGUGGGUUGUAUCAUGGCGGAGAUGAUCUCAGGAAAACCCCUCUUCAAGGGCAACGAUCACUUGGACCAGCUGACAGAAAUAAUGAAGGUCACGGGCACGCCCACCCAGGACUUCGUCGGCAAACUGCAGAGCCAGGAAGCCAAAAACUACAUCAAGAGUCUCCCCAAGGUGCAGAAGAAAGACCUGCAGGCCCUGUUCAGCUCGGCUAACCCCCAAGGUAAUGAA